AAGGGUUCGUUUUGUUUUUAUCUUUGAGUACAAACUUUACUGUACGAAUUCAACGUCAUAAUUCCAUUUUCUGUUUUGGGGGGUAUAAUUUAAGACGCCUUGAUAUUUAUAUAGUGGGUACUGAUACAUGUAACAUCCUGGAGAUGUCUCCCAUUCCGGAUACUGAAUCAGAGAGUGACGACAACAAGCCGACUGAAUGUGAAGAUUUAAGUUCUCCUGACCUGAUCAUUCCACCUGACCCAGAGAGUCCGGAAGAUGAUGAUGAUGAUGAUGAGAACAGUGCUUACCUGGGUUAUCUCCCCCUGUCACAAGAUCCACCGGACAAUAACUUAGCCGACUCUGAAGAAAAUGGCCACAGCGAUGAUGAUGAUAACAUCGUCUCUAGUGUAUCGGGUGAACAGUCGGAGGCAGCAGCCACUGGUAUUUCUCACAGCAGUUUGUAUCCUGGUUUUCCGAAGGACGGUGUUCCAUCAUGCCUGCAGGUUCCUGAUCUGCCAAAACCAGAGAAGAAAUGCAUUCUGUGGAACCAGACAAGGCAUGAAAGUGACAUCCAAAUGGGACAAGAAAAAGUAGCCAAGAUAAAAGCAGCGAUGGCUGGUUUUCAGUUACCAACAACCAACAUUCCCGAUUGGGCUAAGGAGAUAUCAGACGACGAGUGGAAAGAAAAACUUGUGUCUAAAAUCAGUGUAGACAGUUUGAACAAUACUCUGGAUACAAAUUCUAGUUCAACAGACAGUCAUGGUGCAGGCACUUCACAGAGCUCUAAAAACAGCUGAAACAGUGUGUACAGCGAUGUGAAGAUUUUAAAACUGUUUAUUUGUACUGAUGGAGAAAUGAUAGGCCAAUAUAAUAUCUGAAAGUUAUAUUACGCUGGCUAAAUGUCUGUUGUCUUUAGCCUAUGAUGUAAAAUAUUGAUUAUUGUAAGGUAAAACAAAUGCAGUUUUAAUAAUGCAAACGGUAUUAUGUCACAAUGAAAACCAAUGACAAAAGUUAGUUUUAGCAAGCACAUUGAUUUAUUAAUCAUCAGCUGUUUGGUUUAGCAAGCACAUCGAUUUAUUAAUCAUCGGCUGUUGGAUGUCAAACAUUUAGCAAAUUUGAGGUAUAGUCUUAGAGAAGAAACCUGCUACAUUAUUCCACUUUUAUACAAGGGAUCUUAUGUAUGCACCAUCCCACAGACAGAAUAGCAUAUACCAGUCAUGGUGCACUGGCUGGAACUAGAAAUGGGCCCUAUAUUUUCUUUCUUUUUUGUAACAAAGUGAGUAGUUAACAUGAAUCAACGACAUAUAACACUAAAGAAUAACAAACAAGUUAUCAAACUUCUGUCCUGUGUGAGAUAAUUUUCACUUGUCACAAGCUUUAGCAAUUGACAAAUGAAAAUCAUUUCAUCAUGGACACAUGGUAACAUAGUAAUUUAAUAACCGGUAGUUUGUUAUUCUAUUUAUUAAAAUCAGCUAUUCCUCCUAAAAAAACACCCAUGUUAAUACGUGUAUAGAAACUAUGUAACAAACCACUUCGCCGUUUUGAGUAUUGCAAUGACUUUGUAUUUUAUUAAUGUUCACAGAUAUUAUUUAAAAAACCAAAGUUCUAUUUAUUCUGUUCAAAAAUGUGCAUUGAAUUGUACAAUGAAGUUAUUAUGAAUCUGACACCCUGGGGACCAAGUAAGAACUCUGGUUUUAAGAAAUAUCCAGUUUAGAAAGGUUCUGUUGUCUACAUUUAAAAUGAAUGAAUGUUUAACAACUAUUACACUUCAGCACAAUAUGUAAUAUUUAAAAAGGAACGGUUAAAAGCAUAGUCAAAUUAACCCUGGAUUAGUCUUAUUAACUUUUUAAUUAUUCUUGCACAAAUACAAAAUAAAAUUCUGGUUUACUGAGGGUCCUGUUUAGGGGGUUUCACUGUAUUAAAAUAUUUUAUUACAACUUUCAUAAAUUAUGAUCACCCCCCCCCCCCCCCUCCCCGUUAUAAUGUCCACUGGAGUAAUAUUUAAUAUAUAUACAUAACAGAAAACUAGCAAGUGAGAGCAAGGGAAAUAUGAAAUGAAUAACUAUCGAAGCAAGACAUCUUUUAUAUGCACUUACCCACAGACAGACCACACAGCCUUUUAAUAUACUAAACAUGGAUCACUGGUUGGGAUGUGAAAAAAAGCAUUCAGAGAAUGGGUCAACAGAGGGGGUUCAAUCCUUCAAAUCAAGCUUCUCAAGCGAAUGAUCAGAGUUUUCAAUAAGCAACAUUGUGUUUGGUUCAGGUGUAACUUUUAAACAUAGUCUCACCAAAAUUCGAUACAUCAUACAUUAAAAAAAUUGCACAUGAUCAAUGUGGGAUGUGCAUUUGUGAUUGUUUAUGUACAAUAUAUAUUAUACACAUGUACUGUAAAUCAAGAAAUGUCAGUGAAUUUAUCGAAGUUUGUUUUGUUUAACGACACCACUAAAGCACAUUGAUUUAUUAAUCAUCGGCUAUUGGAUGUCCAACAUUUGGUCAUUUUUGACAUAUAGUCUUAAUCAUACAAGAUGCUAAAUUUAAAACACACGUACAACACAUUGUUCCAAAAAUCGUUUGUGAUCAACUGAAGGCACAACAAUGGUUACAUACUAUUGAUUAAACCCAAAUACAUAGCAAACAAUAAUAGUUAGCAUGCACAUUACUUCAAUUUCCUACAUUCAAGAUGUCUGUAAGCUGUACGUCAAGAUUCAUCAGCUGAGGUUACAACUUUAACUUAUUCUUUUUAAGUUUCCGAUAUGACGACUGCUAAUGUUCUGUAGCUAAUAUGUCACUUAUGGAUUUCGCCAAAUUGUAAGAUUGCUAACAUUUUAGGUCUUCUUUUUUGUUUUUGAGAGUGAGGAGAGUAUAUAUAUACAUAUAAAAAUUAUAUGUGGUCUGCUUUCUUCUAAAUAAAUGUAAAAAAAACACACAAAAAA